AAAAAUACCUGAUAUAUAACAAAUAUAGAACAAAGGUAAUAUUUCAAAUUCAGUUAGUUGCUUUGUGCUAAUGGUUUUCAAAAUGAAGUACCAAUUAUCCGCUCUGGUCGUGUGCCUUUUAUUCUUGUCGUAUUCUACGACAGAAGGAACAGCUGCAGCUUCCGUUCUUCAUACAGCCCCUAUGCAUUUGAAGAUCACACCAGAAUGUGCACGAAUCUUGGAAUACUAUAUUAUAACACAACGCAUUAAACAACAACCAACAGAUUUGAAAAAUAUUCAAAUAAUUGAGAAAGGAAAACCUGGACAACCAAUAAGAGUUGAUUUGACAUCUGAUCAAAUUCCCCCAUCAUUGUUGACGAAGAAUAUACAAAUUAUUGAAAAAGGAAAACCUGGAGAACCAAUAAGGGUGGAUUGGACCUCUAAAGAGCUGCCAUCCGUAUUGACAAAAAAUAUCCGAAUUAUUGAAAGGCCUGGAGAACAACCAAUAAGAGUAGAUUUGACAGGUCAAGAGCUCCCAUCACAAUUACGAAUAGUUGAAGGUUCUGGAGAACAACCAAUACGAGUAGAUCUGACAUCUGAUGGGCGCCCCUCAAGAAAUGUGAGAAUAACUGAAGAAGGAAAUACAGUAGUAAAACUAAAACCAUCUGGAGAAGAUACAGACGUUGUCUACGUGAAAGGAACUGGAACCACCGAAUCAACAGUAACAGGCAUAAUUCCAGGCAUUCUCUCCGAGACUGGGCGCAUAGCUGGUGAAAUUGUAAACACUGGUGGUCAAUUGAUAAAAGAUGAUGUUAAUUUCAAAGCUGCUCUAAUUGGAGGAGCCUUAGGAGGUGCUGGUGAGGCGGCUUCCAAUAUCAUUCGUGAAACUGGACGUGCUGCUGGUGAUGCUAUUGCAAAUAUCGAGGAAGGAGUUAACAAUAUGUUGGACUUCUGAAAAUAGUGGUAUAUAUAGUAAAUCUUACAAUUCUAUCCAACAUCAACAUCAAUAUAUCCAAGCGAUGAAGUUAAAAUUUGUAACAAGACAAGAAUUAAGGAAUGAUAAUAGAAUUUUUCGAAAAUA